AUGAAGGCAGCAGUUCUUUUCUCACUAUUGCCGCUAGUGAUUGCGGCUCCAGCAGCGGUACCGUUAGAGAAGAGAGCGUCUCCCACGGUUAUCGCACCUUCAGCAGGAGCCACCGUUGUUGGCAAGUCGUUCUUGGGCGUUGAGACCUUUAAUGGAAUACCUUUCGCGCAACCACCUACAGGGAACCUUCGCCUGAAGCCACCACAGCCGCUCACAUCCUCAGUCGGAAAAGUCGAUGGCUCGCAAACCCCCAAGGCAUGCCCUCAGUUCUUCUUCAGCCUUGACCAGAGCAACUUCCCCACAAACGUGCUUGGGACGAUUCUCAACACACCGCUCUUCCAGACGGUGACCAAUGCUGGCGAAGAUUGUCUAACCAUCAAUGUUCAAAGACCUGCCGGCACUACCAGCUCUUCGAAACUUCCCGUACUCUUCUGGAUUUUUGGUGGCGGCUUUGAACUCGGCUCUACGCAAAUGUACGAUGGAACAUCGCUCAUCGCCAGCUCACUCAGCGAGGGCAAGCCCAUCGUUUUCGUUGCAGUCAACUACCGCGUCGGCGGCUUCGGUUUCCUGCCUGGGAAGGAGAUCCUGAAAGAUGGCUCCGCGAACCUAGGCCUUCUAGACCAACGACUUGGCCUCAAGUGGGUAGCAGACAACAUUGCUGCCUUUGGAGGCGACCCGGACAAGGUUACUAUUUGGGGAGAAUCUGCGGGCGCCAUCUCAGUAGCUGACCAGAUGCUUAUGUAUGAUGGCGACAACACUUACAAGGGCAAACCGCUUUUCCGCGCCGGCAUCAUGAAUUCCGGCUCCAUCGUACCAGCAAAACCAGUCGAUGACGCUAAGCCCCAGGCUGUGUACGAUCUUGUUGUCAAGAACGCAGGAUGCUCCUCCUCCUCUGACACGCUCGCCUGCCUUCGUUCAAAGGACUACACUACAUUCCUGAACGCUGCAAACUCUGUUCCCGGCAUCCUCUCGUACAGCUCCGUCUCUCUCUCAUACCUCCCGCGUCCCGACGGCAGCGCUCUGACCGCCUCCCCCGACGCCCUCGUUGCAGCCGGCAAAUACGCCAAAGUCCCCUUCAUCGUCGGCGACCAAGAAGACGAAGGCACCCUCUUCGGCCUCUUCACGCCCAACCUCACCACAACCCAAGACGUGACCAAGUACCUCUCUACGGUCUUCUUCCCGACCGCCGACACAAAGGUCCUCUCGGGCCUCGUCGCAACCUACCAAAACACCCUCGAGGAUGGCUCCCCGUUCCGCACCCUUCUUCUCAACAACUGGUACCCCCAGUUCAAGCGCAUCUCCGCGCUCAUCGGCGACAUCACAUUCACCCUGACACGCCGCGUGUUCCUCGAGACCACGUCGAGCGUCUUCCCCGACGUACCCUCGUGGUCGUACCUCUCAAGCUACGAUUACGGGACCCCGAUCCUGGGCACAUUCCACGGCUCCGACUUGCUGCAGGUCUUCUACGGGGUGCUACCCAACAACGCGGCGAAAUCGAUUCGCGCGUAUUAUCUGAGCUUUGUGUAUAAUCUGGAUCCGAAUGAGGGGAGCGGGCAGGAUAACUGGCCGCAGUGGAGUGCGGGGCAGCAGUUGAAGGGAUUCGGGGCGAACUCGAACACGCUGCUCAAGGAUGAUUUUAGGAGCGAUACGGCGACAUUUUUGAAGUCGAACCUGGGGUCA